AUGCGCCGGCCACUGCAGCCCCUGGACCUGCCCAUUAUCAAGCAUCUCAACUCAAAGCGAGUCAUCCUAGCAUCUGCCUCUCCGCGGAGGAAACAGCUUUUACAACAGAUUGGCCUCACCAAUCUUGAAAUCACCCCGUCAACCAAGCCUGAGGACCUGGACAAAAAGACAUACGGACCCUGGGAGUACGUCGCAACUACCGCCAGAAACAAGUGCCUGGAGGUCUACACCACAACACUGGACACCCAUCUUGCUUCGAUCCCGGAUCCCGCCCUGGUCAUAGCCGCGGACACCAUCAUUGUCACCCGCGACGGGCGCAUCCUGGAGAAGCCUCGCAGCGAGGCGGACCACCUGCGGAUGCUCAAGCACCUCCGCGACACCCGCAUGCACCGAGUGCUGACGUCCGUCUGCGUGCUCGCGCCACGAGAAGACGCAAGGCAUCCGGGCUACGACAUCCAGAGCCACACGGAGGAGACCAAGGUGUAUUUCUGGGAGGAAGGCAACGGGCUGCCGGACGACGUGAUUGAGUCCUAUGUUAAGACCAGGGAGGGCGUCGACAAGGCUGGCGGCUACGGCAUUCAGGGCAUCGGAGGGAUGCUUUUGGUGGAGAAGAUUGAGGGCAGCGUGGACAAUGUCAUUGGACUGCCGGUGAAGAAGACGCUGUCGCUGGCUGAAAAGGUCACUUUCCAGCAGGAUCGGGACGAGUAUGACGAUGAGGGCUCGGCUUCGGAAUGA